ACUUCGCUCGCUCAACAAGCAAAAGCAAUUUUGUCCUUCACGGAGAAGUUACCACGACAAGCUCAACGAAAGGGACUCACGACUGGCGAUGAAUUCCAGAACCAACCUUUUUCUAUUCACGACGAGCUUCUACCUGGUGUUAAAGCUCAAGGCGGUGCACUUGAUGACCCCUUCUCCGAUUUCAGGGCACCUGACGGAGCUAUAGCAUCGGCAAACAAAGCGUUAGAGGACCCCUUCGCCGAUCCUAUAGAAUGUGCAACAACAUCUGAUGUUUUCAAUUGGAAUAGUGCUACUAGUACUACGAGUAAAGUUACUGCUACAGUUUCGACUUCUAUAACCGACCUCCAGAUACCAGCAGACCAUUCUUUCGGCGACAGCACUUGGUAUAACCCAACAGCAUUCAACGAAACUAAAACCGAAGCAUUCGGAGA